CUAGAGGGGGAUGGGGGCUACAGUGGAGGUCAGUGCCUCGUUACUGGAGGGGGAUGGGGGUUACAGUGGAGGUCAGUGCCGCGUCACUGGGUCACUGGAGGUCACACACUGGAUGCCGACUAAAGGACGACCGGCGCGCUGCCGGCGGAGGCGCAUGCGCGUUGUUGGGACCGGAGUGCCCCCCCCCGGAAGCGGAAGUGUCCCGCGGGGGGCGGGGGACGGUUACGGUUAGGGUCGAGGCUGUCAUGGCGGACGCGACGAGGCGGUUGGUGCUGCGGUACCGAGAUUACGUCACUAGGAACCCAGGGGCGGCCGCGCAGCUCGAGGGCUCGGUGCGGAGUGUGUCCUACAUCAUUGCGGGGCGGUUUGCAGAUUCUCAUGAACUCUCUGAGCUUGUGUACUCUGCAUCCAAUUUGCUGGUGCUGGUCAAUGAUGGAAUCCUCAGGAAAGGUGUUGCUCCAACACCGCUGGUGUCUGGCACUCAACAGCGGUUGAUGACGUGGUUGACAGUUUUGGAACAUUUAGAGGUUUUCACUGAGAUGUGCUCGGCCAAGUUCUGGGGUGAGAAGUGUCGUUGGCUGGUGAUUAUUCUCAUCCAAUUAGCCAAGCCUUUCUCUCUCUCUCUCUUUUUCUCCCUCUCGCUCUCUCUCUCUCUCUCUCUCAGAGCAACCCUGAGGAUUCUGCUGCUGCACUGGUAUAAGGCUGGAAUCCAGACUUCUCCCCCAAUUACACCACUGGACAGAGAGAGACACCUGCACAGGAGCUGCAGUGAAGACAAUGUGACAGAGGCUGAAGUAUCCUCACAGUCUUCGUCGACUGCCUUCAUAGGACAGCGUUCCAAGAGAGUAGUCAGGAUGCUCAACAGUACUCCAGCCCUGCAGCUCCGUCACUGGGGGAGUCCUCAAGAGGAACAGAGGCAAUGGAUCUCACAGGCAGGAACCCAGCACCCUCCAACCAUCCUCACCCAGCAGGAAAUACUGGCAGAGUCACUGUACAUCACCCGCCCACUGGUGCACUUGCUGGCAUUAGGAAUUUGGGGACAGAAAUCCUGGAAGCCAUGGCUCCUUUCUGGCAUUGUGGAUAUUGCAAGCUUGAGUUUGAUGCGGGAUCCCAAGGACAUGAGACAGACUGAACGUGCUGAACUGCGUCGAAGGACCUUCCUGUUACUGUACUACUUACUGCGCUCUCCAUUCUACGACCGUUACUCAGAGACUAAGAUCCUCUUCCUGCUCCGGAUCCUCGCUGACUAUGUUCCUGGAGUCAGUCUGGUGGCUCUCCAGGAGAAGAAGAAAACCAGAAGAAUGAAUCGAGCAGCAGAGAGAGCUGUAUCCAGCAGCUUUAAACCCCAACUUCCAAAAAUGAAAGCAAAAAUGAAAAUCUGUGUGAUCCUGACUCCACCCACUCAUGCUUCUCUGAAUAAUAUUUUUUUUUUAAAUCCCAACUCCAUGGAGCCGACAACUCAAUGUCAGGUUUAUAACAGACCACUUCAAAAGAAGCAGGAUAGAACAAAUCUGUCUGAAAGACACAUCUCAUAACCGUACCAUGGUAUUGUUGAACUCAAUGCUGAGUCCUAAGGGCUGUAAAGUGUCUAACUUGAAAUGAGAUGCUGUUCAACUUGCUUAGAGAGUUGAUGAAACACUGCUGCAAGCUCAGACAGAAACAUGUGAAUUCGAGGCGCUUUAAUUGAAAUGGUAAGCAACUGAAAGGUCAGAGCCAUUCCUACCUCAAGUCACUGGAAUCAAUUGGUAUUUUAAAAGGUUUUGUUAAGACUGGUUCAAUUAAUACGAUUACCUACAGCUUCUGAAAGGCUGCUUUACAUUCUGCUGCCUGAACCAUAUCUUUCAUAAGAACAGAAGUCGAGUUCUGGUAGAAUUCAGCCCGUUGAAUUGACUGCCAUUCAGUGAGAUUAUGGCUGAACCCCCCCGAUCAUCUGCAAUUCCACUUUCAUGACUGAUCCCCUGAAUCCCUUCCUGAUUAAAAAUCUGCAUAUCUCAGCAAUGAAUAUUCUUAAUGAUUUAGCCUCCAGUGCUCUGAAAGAAUUCCACAGUUUCGUUAUCCACUGACGAAUACGUUUCUCCUUAUCUCAGAGUGAUACUACUCUGAAAUUAUGUUCUCUUUUCCAAGACUCUCCCAUAAAGAGAAAUGACCUCUCAAUAUUGACAUUCUCAAAAUCCUCUAAUAAUUGUUCAUGUUUCACGAAGAAUGACACUUUAUACAACGAUCACUGUCCCCUAAAUAUUAUGUCAGUAUGAUCAGCUUGGCCCACCUCAUUCCCAAGAACCAGGGCUAGUGAUUCUAAAUGCACUUCCAUGACAUUAGACUAUAAGAUAUGGGAACAGAAUUAGGCCAUUUGACGAUUCAAUCAAGUGUCCUCAGCCAUUCAAUCAUUAAUUGAAUGUGUUGAUACGUUUCCCAAUCCCACUCUCCUGUCUUAUCCCCGUAUCUCUCUUAAUCCCCUGACUAAUUAAGAACUUAGCUAUCGCAAUCUUAAAUACACUCAUUGACUUGGCCUCCACAACUCUUCUGUGGCAAAAAGCUCCACAGAUUAACCCCGUUCUGUCUGAAGAAAUCCUUCGACAUCUCAGUUUUAAAGGGUCAUCCCUUCACUGAGACUGUACUCUUAGGUCAUAGUUUCACCAAAUAGUGGAAGCAUCUUCUCCACGUCCACUGUGGUGGGGCAAGUCUCUCAGUCCUCUGUAAGGUUUAAUCAGAUAGCCCCUCAUCCUUCUAAACUCCAUCGAGUACAUCGCUGCUCUUGUAUUCUGGCUCUCUCAAAAUGAAUGCUAACAUUGCAUUUGCCUUCUUAACUACCACCUAAACCUGCAUGUUAACUUUAACAUCCUGAACUAGAAGUCCUUUGUGCUUUGGAUUUCCGAAGCAUUUCACUAUUUAAAAAACAAUCUACUCCUUUAUUCUUCCUAUUAAUGUGCAUGACCUCACUUUUUCCCACAUUGUUCCAUUCCUAGCCUGCCCAAGUCCUUUCUGUAGCCUCCCUGCUUCCUCAGAGCUACUUAUCCCUCCACCUACCCUUGUGACAUCUGCAAAGUUAGCAACAAAGUCUUUAGUUCUGUGUCAUUUAGCUCCUUUCAGCUUCCCCAAUACGGUCUCCUUAGUCUCCUCCACUACACUCACCCCUGCCCUAUGUAUGUUGCUGGUAUCAUGCACUGUGAAGAUUGGUGCCACCUUAUUUAUGCCACCCAUAAUUUUGUAUACUUCAAUCAGAUCACCCAUUGGCUUCUCCUGCUCCAAGAAAAAACUAAGUUGAUUUUGUCUCGCCUCAUAACUGAGAUUUUCCAACCCAGGCAACAUCCUGGUGAAUCCGCUGCACCCUUUCCAAUGCUAUCAUGUCCUUCCAA